GGGAAGCAGGUAUGAAAUAGUUUGCAGGCUGGGGCGCAGCUUGUGGGUAUGUAGUUUGUCCUUCUGGAAAUUGUGACAGUGCUGUGGAAUUUUCUCUUUAAUGGCGGAAUAGUGUCAUGGUAUGGAUGUUUGUCUCGUUCGUGGAAACCAGGGUUUGUUUUUAAAUGUACUUCAUGAUCCGAAUUGUCAAAGAUUUCCAACUUCAAAUCCAUGAAUUCUAAGAAGAGCAAACGUGGAGUAACGGAUGGACAUGGAUCGUUUAAAAAGGUGAAAAAAGUUGGUAAGGCCUCUCCCCCUCCCUCUUUGAAUGAUUCGCUGGAGGGAGACCUUCGGGCCUUCCUCAUCGAUGAAGACCAGCUCCACACUUACGACGACCUCACCAAAGUCAACCCAGUGACUCCUACUACCGUGCUGAAAUGCCUGCAGGCCAGGUACCGUGCCCAGGUGUUUUACACCCACGCAGGCUGCACCCUGGUGGCACUCAACCCCUUCCAGCCCAUCCCGGACCUCUACACCCUGGAUGUGAUGAGGGAGUACCACAGCGCACCUCAGCCCCAGGAGGCCAAGCCCCAUAUCUUCAUCGUGGCAGAGGAGGCCUACAGGAAUGUUCAGGGUCAGCUGGAGCCCGUGAACCAGUCCCUGGUGGUCAGUGGAGAGAGUGGGGCAGGAAAGACGUGGACAUCCAGGUGUCUGAUGAAGUACUACGCUACAGUGGCAGCCUCAUCCUCCGUGCUGAAGAGCCAGGAUGCGGUGGACCGGAUUGAGAAGAGAGUGCUGGACUCCAACCCCAUCAUGGAGGCCUUCGGCAACGCCUGCACACUGCGCAACCACAACAGCAGCCGCUUUGGAAAGUACAUCCAACUGCAGCUUGACAGGUCUCACUUUUUGGUGGGGGCGUCUGUCCAAACCUACUUACUGGAGAAGACCAGGGUGGCCUGCCAGCCAGCCAACGAGAGGAACUUCCACAUCUUUUACCAGAUGAUGAAAGGGGCUUCGAGCGAGCAGAAGAAGGAGUGGAAGAUGGCCCAUGGUCAGAGCUUUAACUGGCUUCCCAAGGCACAGAAGACACUGGAGGAGGACUGUUUCCAGGAGACCGUCGAGGCAAUGUCUCACCUGGGAAUCAAGUCUGACAAGCAGGCGGAAAUAUUCAGGAUAUUGGCAGGGAUUCUUCAGUUGGGGAACAUAACCUUCGACCCUCCGGCGAAAGAGUCCGAACCGUGUGUCCUGGAGGGCCAAUCCAAGGAGUCCCUGCAGGGGGCCGCCGGGCUGCUGGGGGUACCAGCCGAGGAGCUCCAGGCCUGCCUGGCGGUGAGGACCCUGGUGGCGGGGAAGCAGAGCAUCCUGAAGCCCUGCUCCCUCUCCGACUGUGGCGUCAGGAGGGACUGCCUGGCCAAGGUCGUCUACGCUCACUUGUUUGAGUGGUUGACCUCGUUCAUAAACCGAAGCAUCUGUGCGGACAACUCCGCCUGGUGCAAUUUCAUAGGCCUGCUGGACGUGUACGGCUUCGAGUGCUUCCAGAGGAACAACCUGGAGCAGCUCUGCAUCAACUACGCCAACGAGAAGCUGCAGCAGCACUUUGUCGCCCACUACCUCCGAGCACAGCAGGAGGAGUACGUGUCCGAGGGGCUGGAGUGGUCCUUCGUCCGUUACCAGGACAACCAGAGCUGCCUGGACCUGAUCGAGGGAAACCCCACCGGAGUCUUCCCUCUGCUCAAUGAGGAGAGCCGUCUGAACCGUGCGUCGGACGCCGGGAAGUUCGGCGCACGCCUGCAGAAGGAGCUGGGCGACCACGGCAGCAUCAGCUGGGACAAGUUCAGCCCGGAGCCGCACUUCACCGUCGCCCACUACGCCGGGCCCGUCAGCUACCAGAUCCAGGGCAUGAUGGAGAAGAACAAGGACCCAGUGCCUCCGGAGAUCAUCGCGCUGCUUCAGGCGUCGGCGAACCCCCUGUUGGGCCAGGUCUUUGGGGACCAGGAGGCAGACAGCACGGCCCCGCGGGGGCUCAGUAAGGUGGUCACCGUGGUCGCUAAAUUCAAGAACUCUCUGGAGAGCCUGAUGAAGAUCCUCCACAGCACCACUCCUCACUACACCCGCUGCAUCAAACCCAACCCAGACUGCAAGCCCCUCACCUUCCACAAGAGGGAGGUCAUCAUGCAGCUGGAGGCCUGUGGGAUUGUGGAGACCAUACACAUCAGCGCUGCAGGCUUCCCCAUCAGAAUUCCCUUCAGUGGCUUCAUUCAACGGUAUGGACUGAUUUCCAGCUCCUCACAAAUCAAGCAACUGGUUCAUAGUAAGGACGUGGAGCCCGGUCAUAACAACCGCCUGAGGACCGCAGUGGACGCCAUAGUGAGGGAGGCGCUGAGCCAUCGGUCCGCUGGGGAGGUGGACCGAGAGGAGGGCGAGGAACAUGGAACCCUGGUGCAUUGUGGGAGGACCAAGGUCUUCCUCACCCAGUACAUGCUGGAGCUCCUGGAGGACCAGAGGAAGAGGCUCCUGUCCCGGAGGGCCUUCUCCAUCCAGUGCUGCUGGCGACGGCACCAGCUCCGCCGGCGGCGUGCCAGGGGGCGGGCCGCCCUGCUGAUCCAAGCCGGGGUGCGCUCGUGGCUGGUCAGACGGGCGGUCCGCAGGUGGCAGAAGGCCGCCGAGGUCAUCCAGACCGCCUGGAGGAGAUGGAGGGUUUCCAUGGACGCCCUGGCCGAGCUUGAGCUGGACGACGCCGAGGACUUUGUGGAGACGGAGAUGCCCGGGCUGCGCUCGGCGGCCUGGGAGACGGGCCCCGUGCAGCUCUCCAGCGUCCAGGGGCCGGUGACGGUGCGCGGCUGGCCCAUGGGGCUGGCACUGGCCUCGGCUCCGUCGGUCAGCAUGUCCCUGACGGCCAAGGGCUUCCAGAAGAUGGUGUCAGUGUUGGCCUGCCUCGACCUGCCCUCCCCCUCCUCCUCCACCUCCUCCUCCCCCUCCCCCUCCAGAGGAGGGGGAGGGGGAGGAGGAGGAGGAGGAGGAGGAGGAGACUACAAGGUGGAGACCAACCAGUGCCAGCACGGGGUCGCCUCCAUCAGAGCUCAGCCCAGGGGAUCUGUGAAGCUCCACUACCAGAGGUCUCCGUUGCUCUACGCUGACAUGCUUCCACACCUGAGAAGAGAGGGAGUGACGGGGUUCAACCAGAUCCUACUUGAGAAAACAUUGUAACGCGUUUGACUGUAGAUCACACUCGAGGUUACUAUACACUCAACACUCACGACAAGCUGAAAUUAUAACUACUUGAACAAACGAAUGGAAAUGCUGCUCUCUUAAGAUCAGACUGAAAUCACGGGGAAACUUUCUACUGCUAAUACUUUGCUGCACUUUUUUAUGUUUCACGCCAUGCAAAUCGUUCAAGAUACUGUUCUAGAUUACUUGUCAAAAUAAUUUUUUUUUUGCCAAAGGUAUUUUCUUGUUUUUGUUGUCAAUAAGAAAUAUCUUCAGGAGAACCAAACAGUAUCACAAAAGUUUCAAGUCCAUUUGGAUUUUGCAUGGGCUCAAAUAUCAAAUCCCACACACCCUUGCUGGAUGCCCACUGUUUUAUUGUACAGGCAAUGCACAAAAUUAAGGGACAUGUUAAAGACGGGUUCCUUAGUCCAUUGCUUCAACCUGAAAGUAAGUCCUUGCCAUAGCGUGUUUGUUAUUGCACCUUUAAUGUAAUGUUAUUUGUGGUUGCCUUUAUAGAAACGUAUCAGCCUUAGGCAAGUGCCUCCCUUUAUAUUGAGAUACAAUUUGAUGGGCCUUCAUAUUUAUUUGAAUUCUUUGUUGUUGAAGCUAAAUGUUUGUUCUAUAUUAAGAUGCAGGUUCUACUGCAGAUAUGAAAACACCAAAAAGGACUCACAAGGGCUUUUCACACUACAAAGUACAGAGUUGCAUGUAAUAUAUACCAAUCUCCAGAAAGAAUAAUGCAUUACAUAAUGGUCUGUUGCAUUUAACUAUAAUUGUUUUGUGGGUUUCAUUAUGAUUUAGUUUAAGAGCAUUACUUGUUGAUUAAUUGCUCCUUUAAUCAUACAACCAUGUAAACACAAUCUGAGAUGAUUUUAUAACAUGUAAGGGCUGCUGAUGAUGGCAUUUAUUUCCAUCUUUAGAGUAAACUCAUUGCAAGAUUCAUGUGACCAAAAUUUGAUGUACCUCUGAACCUGUAUUUUUUUUGACAUGUCGAUUGUGUUUUUCAAAAAAAUAACUGACUAUACCCUUUUUUAUAAACCAAUAAAUUGAAGAGUAAUACCUAAAGUGAUAGUUUGUUUAUCA